AUGAGUUCUGAAGGAAUAAAUAAGGCUUGGAACCAAUUACAGAAAUAUUUGACUAUGUCGAAAAUUACAAGACGAGAAGAAUUUCGAAGCGAAGUAAUAGAGCUUUUAGAAAAAAUUUUUCUAUUGGAUGGUGAAUUCGCUUUUGAGAAUAAAGCUGAUCAGAUUUAUUUCAAUAUACAAAAGGAAUAUUUAGACUCUUUGAAAAAAGACAAUAAGGAACGAUUUGGUUCGCAUUUCAUGAAUCAUGAUGAAGCAGUAAAAUGUUGUUUUUGUGAAUUAUGUGAAUUGGCCGUUCUUGUUCAGCAUCAUUAUGAUUUUGACCUACAAAAUGCUCCUCAUUUCCUAAGAAAAUAUGAUAGUAAAAUGGAGAAAAAGAAAGUCAGCCUUUUAUCGCAAGAAGUCAUAGAUAAAUUUGCGCGGUUUUUUUAUCUUCGACUGGGGGAUUUUUCAAGAUAUAUGUCAAAGUUCGAUAUGGCGCUUUCUCUUUAUAAACUUGCGCUGAAAGCAGCCUCUUUCGAUGGAUUUGUUCAUAAUCAGAUCGGUAUUAUUUAUAUAUAUCGGAAGAAGUUUUUGGACGCUUUAUAUGAAUAUAUUCUUGCAUCCAAUUCACCUGAUUCAUUCAGAGGAGCUGAUUUAAAAGUUCAGCAAAUUUUUAAAAUGCAGGCAUCGCUUAAUUUGGGAAAUGAUGAAUUUGAUUACGAUGAAACCUUCCUUAAAAUCGUGGGUCGUUGCCGUAAUGUUAUGCUUGUUGAGGAUGUUUUUCUCGUAAAUCUCGGAAAUUUGCUUCGCAAUUCCACUCAAAAUUAUUUACGUCUUAAGAAACAUUUUGUGAUCGCUGUUACUGUCUGGAAUAUAUUGAAAAUUAACGGAAAUGAAGAUGUGAAAAAGCUCAAAACUGCUGACAUCGUUGUUUCAAUCAUCGCUGAUCAAUUUUUCUUUUUAGUUGAGAAGGCGAAUCAGAAUAAAGAAGAGAAAAAAAAUAACGUGCUUUCAUUAAUUUGGCUAUAUGCAACGUGGAUCGAGGCAAAAAAUAUUUCUUUGAUCAAAAAAUCGAGGAAUGACUUUAUUUGCUUUGAAAAUUUUGCUAAAUUGAUUGAUCACAUUGAUGAAUCUCUUGAGUUAUCUUGUGAUAAUCUUUAUUUUUCUCCAUUCUCUUUUAUUGAUUAUGAAGAAGCAUCGGGCUCGUCAUUAAUCACUCAUUUGACUUAACAGUUUCUGGAAAAGCGACGCACUAGAAUUAGUCGAGUUGUUCCAGUUUUGAAGGCUAUAUAA